GCAGUGUUCAAAUAGAUGUCAAAUUGUUCUGUAUAGCAAACCAAGGUUACUCUAGCUCAUGUGUCAAAUGUUUAUUUGACUCCUGGAAAAAAAAUAAAGAAAACAACAAUCAUUUUCGGGCAAAGAUCGAUACAGCACUCAGUGAAAAUGGGAAAUGAUACUCUCAUAAGAGAUUUUUCCUACUAAAGUGAUAUUUAAUUGUUUUUCCCCAAAAAAAGGACGACACAGCUGAGUUGAUUUGUAAGAGCAACGUUUCUAGGUACGAUGAUCUGGUAGAAAGUGUUGGUAGCAGCAGGAGAAACAACAAUGGAAAGCGAAAAACUAUUGAUGGCCGCUGGUGUGACAGCGGCAGUCGUCGUUGGUGCUUUUGUCUUUUGGGGUCCUUCGGGUUCCUCCAAGCUUCGUCAACGGCGUGGCCAGAUAGCGGGACUGCACAAUUUUGGCAAAACGUGCUUUCUCAACACCCUGUUGCAGGCACUCGCUGCCUGUCCGCAGUUUAUCGCCUGGCUGCAGCUGCACAACACCAAAGACAAGAAGAGUUUAGUGUCGUCGCUGCAGAACGUGCUGGAAGUGGUGAACGGAACGCAUCCGACGUUGCGCGGCGAUCCGUACGCACCCGGCGCGGUCAUUCGAGCGCUCCAUACGCUUGGGUGGGUUAUCUCACCUGAGGAGCACGAUGCCCACGAGCUGCUGUUGGUAAUGCUCAGCUCACUGGAGGAGGAAGUAUCGAAACCGCGCAAAAUAGGAUGUUUGUCCGAUGCGCUCGAUGAUGUUGCUGGUGGAUAUGGUGGUGAGAUAGGAUUUCAUGCAAUACCGGCACGCCCAUCGAGUGCGAUGCUGUCUGACUUUUGCAACGCGGAAUACGACGAAUCCACUAAUCUGAUGCGUUACACACGUUCGGAAGCGCACACACCCGAUUCGCCACACUCCGUCUGCACGGAGAACGAGGAACAGUCGCAGGAGAAUUCGCUUGUCGAGUUUGGCGCAUCACCAUCACACACAAUCAGUGCUGCUUUUCCCGCUGUUUCUGGCCGACGGUUUGGCAAUAGGCAACCGGCAGUGAUGCGACCGACUCCGAUGCAUGAUCAAGGUACGAUGGGAGAUGGUGGCAACCAUUUUGCGGGUAAACGACAUUCGGCUUCCUAUCGUUCGCUCGAACGAUUAAAUCGCGGGCCGGGCCGAGUGUCCGUCUGGGGUGAUAAACAGCAGGCCCAAAUUCCGCAUCCAUUCCGCGGUGGAAUGGGCAGUCAGCUGUGUUGUGGUGGAUGCGGCCACAAAUCAACGGUACGAUAUGACAAAUUUGACAGCAUUACGUUACCGCUGCCGGAAACAGCUGCACCCGGUCUCGGUAUCGGGAACCUACUGUCGGACUUUAUUCAGCCAGAAUCGUUGGAUUCGGUCCAGUGUGACGCAUGUCACGAAAUAACGACGCACACGAAAACGCUCACCUUUAGCAAGCUGCCCGCCUGUCUCUGUAUUCACAUUGCCCGCACAACGUGGCAUGCGAGCGGUCACGUACACAAGCGUCUGGACAGUGUGCACUUUCCCGAGACACUCUCGAUGGCACCGUACAGCUUUGUGCAGCCGGGACUGAAUAGUAACAUCAGCACACCGUGGGGCUCGACCACCUCGCUUUACUCGGCCGGACUGAUGGCUAGCAUGGGACAGAACGAGUCUAACGCGGGCAGUGGGUUCGAUGCAAUCGGCGGCAGUGCCAACAGUGGCGUUGAACCAUCCGGUUCAAUGUGCUUCGGAUCGUACACCUUCGGUGCGAUGUUUCCACGCAAUUUGUAUCGCUUGCUGGCCGUUAUUGUGCAUUCGGGUGAGGCAAAUGCGGGCCAUUUCGUUACAUACCGACGCGGUGCACUACGGAACUCUUACAAAUGGUACUACACGUCGGACACGGUCGUGCGGGAGGUUCCUAUCGAGGAGGUGCUGAACAGCUCUGCCUACAUGCUUUUCUACGAUCGUGGCUCGUCGUCCAAAUAUCCUUAAGCCGUACGAAAAACUGCUCCCCUUCCCCCCGGAUGGAUAUUCGUCUCAUUCUACCUGUUUCUCUCUCUCUCUCGCCCAUGUGGCGGCAGCUAAUUGCUUUUCGGCACAAUUGUGAUGUACAGCACUUAAGUUAAGCUACACACGAAAGUUACUGUUAGAAGAAUAUUCGUUUUUUUCGGAGAGAAAGAGAGAGAGAGAGGGAGGGAGAGAAAAAAAAAAAAGAUAAAAUUUGUUGUGCACGUUCCAUGUUUCCAUGUAGCAUCUUAACAUAGCUUUCCUCCGGUUUAGCGUGUAGCUACCAAACGAAAUCAUUGUGGCAGUGUCAAAGUGACAAUGGAAAAAAAGCAGUGGAAAAAUACUCCAUUUGUUUGUUGAUGUCGUUACGCUUUAGUAGCAGAAGAGACACGGUUAAGAGAUACGAACAGAAAAUAACAAAACCACUUACAGUUUUAGCAACGAAAUUUGGCGAAAACGCAUGACAUCGUUCCAUCUACAGCAGGAACAGCAGAUAAGAGGCGAAACCGACAUCCAACAUAUUUGAUAGGCCAAUAGCUUCAAUCAAACAUCGUUAUAAGUGUUACUAAUUUUAAGCCGUAAAUGCAGCAAAUGCGUUUAAAACAAAAAAAAACAAGUAUACAUGUAUGCUGCCUGCUAGCAAUGUAACAUAAUUUCCAGCUAAACCAUCUUAUAGCAGCAGUGUUUCUCAACAUUGAAAUUAUCCAAGUGUGCAAGUUGUAUUUUUUUGUUCAUUCUGCACAGUUUAUUAGGGGUUUUGUUCAUUUCAGUAGUUUGCUGCUUACUUGUCGAAACAAAACAAAAACACAUGCUUACGUUAUGUGCAGCCCUUAGCAACCCUUAGCAACACAGCUGUAAUAUGUUGAUAUAGACGUUGGAACGCGUUGCAAACAGCAAUUAAUAAAAACAUGUGUACUUUGCGCAAUGCUCUCCCAUAGAACAGCUUAUUCUAGUUUAGGUUCAGGUGUCACAUCGGCUUUAUGCAAUACAAUGUAUUCCGUUGGCUACCUCUAAGCCAAAGAACUAACUAAACUCUUGCUAGAAAAGAAUGGUACUAUUUCCAUAUUCAAACCCAGUAGCAGUGCGAUCCGCAGAGUACAUGCCGAUGAUGUCGAGAUUCUACUUCAAAAGCAGGAAUAAAUAAGCUAAUGAAAGAUGUAUUUUUUCGAAAUAAAUUCUUAAACCAAAA